AUAAAGUUUGAGUGUACCCAGGAAGAAGAACAUUAUAGACACAUGUUAUAGUUCAGUGCUGUUGUCUGUUUUCAAGAUUGAGAUGAAGAGAUCGUUACUGGCUUCCAUGGUGACUGUUUCAGCUCUCCUCUUUCCUCUGGUCAUGUUCUUUGGCCGAACAUCUGGAGCUGAUGUGGAUCCAGGUCUACCUUUCUUUGUGUAUCUGGAUUCGAAUGGUAUCGUCCUGCUAAGAUGGGGUUUUGACAUGGUAAAGGACACCAUCACAUUUGAGGUGACGGCGAACACCACGGGUUGGGUCGGCUUUGGGUUCAGUCCCAAUGGAGGAAUGGCUGGGUCUGAUAUCCUCAUCGGAGGAGUCGGACCUGAAGGGGGGUAUUUUACUGACAGGAACGCGGCCGGGAACUUCAUGCCGGCUCUGGACCAGCAGCAGGACUCUAAGGUUCUUUAUUUGACGGAGGCAAACGGACAAACCGUGAUGGCAUUCCAGCGAUCCAUCAAGUCCUGUGAUAAAAAUGACUUUUUCAUCACUGACAUGCCAGUAAAGCUGAUCUACGCCUAUGGUGACACUGAUGACAUCAGCUAUCACAAAAACCGGCGAGGGACAAAGGAAGUGAAUCUUCUGAAAUACAUGCCUCGAUCCACCGUCCCUGACAGCAAAUACUUCGACAUGACAAUGACUAAUUUUACAGUUCCUACCCAAAACACCUACUACCACUGCAAGAUUAUGAGCCUUCCGGUAUUUGACAGGAAAUACCACAUCUACCGUAUAGAACCAGUGAUCCAGAAUCGUGACAUCGUGCAUCACUUGUUGCUGUACCGAUGCCCACCAUCAGUGAAACAGCACUCUGAGAAGCCAUGUUACAGUAAAAACACCCAAGCUGAGUGCAUCCAGGCCGUUGCUGUUUGGGGCACUGGAGGAGAAGCUUUUGAAUUUCCUGAAGUGGCUGGACUUCCUGUGGGUGAAGGAGGAAAUGAGACCCUCUACAGACUGGAAGUGCAUUACAACAACCAGCAAGGGACUACAGGUAUUAUUGACAGCUCAGGCUUGCGUUUUUACUACACGGCUCGACUGAGGAAGUUUGAUGCUGCUGUAAUGCAAACGGGGCUCAUUGUGACAAUCGGGAACGGAUACAUGAUUCCACCAAACGCUACAGGCUUUCUCACAUACGGCAUGUGUGACACCAGCUUCCUUCCUCAGGUUCUCCCUCAGGCACAAGAUGACCUACAGGUUUUUGCGGCAAUCCUGCACACACACCUGGCAGGAAGGAAGGUGCGAGUCGGCCACUUCAGGGAUGGAGAGCAGAUUGAUUUCUUAGCUCUAAAUGAACACUACAAUUUUGAAUUCCAGCAAGUGACAAACCUGGGAAAAACCAAAACAAUCAAGUUGGGCGACAAGAUUGUGGUGGAGUGCACAUAUGACACGACCGAUCGAACAGGAUUCACUUGGGGGGGUCUGGGAACUAAUAAUGAGAUGUGUCUGGCUUUUCUCUACUACUACCCUGCCCUGGAUCUCAGCCUCUGCAGCAGCCUCCCCAGCUGGCCCAUGCUCAUGAGCGAGAUGGGAGCCACAAACGCCACAGACUGGGUACACCUGAUUCAGACGAAGGUGUGGGAUAACAGCUCGAUCCUGGAAUAUCAGCAAACGCUGAAGAGGAUUCAACAGUACACUUUUAUUGCAAACCUAGAGAAAGGCAACAUGAACACGGGAAACAUUCCUGAGCUCAAGCUGCCUCUAUCUAGCAGUUGUUUAAGAAGCAGAGCCGAGAUCCAGAGCGCCGGUACAGAGAUCCUGCUGCUCGGAUUGAUGCUCUCACUGAUCUUCUUGUAACGUCUUCACACGCUGAGCAACAAUCUCAAGAUUUAUUUACGCAGAAUAUUUGCUGGUUUUAAUCACUGUGGCCUUAGACUUAAAAUGAUAUAAAUCUAAGAGGAACCUGCUGGAGAUCAGCUGCAGAUGAAUCUGAUUCAAGCUCAAUCUGACCUCUGCUACUGCAUUCAUUUUUGUUAAAGAUCAACUGUCUAUAACCGUAGAAGGAAAUGACUUUUAGUAGAUUUUAUAUUGUAUAUACACUGUUUGGACAAAAGUAUUGGGACAACUGACUUUUCCAACCUGUUCAUGGGUCUUCUCCAAACUGUUAUCACAAAGUUGUAGGCACACAGUUGGAUAAGGCGUCUUUGGAUGUGGUGAAGAUAAAUCUUUUCUUCAUCAACCUGCUCCAUUGCCCAUGUGCACAAAGAUCUGCUUUACAUGGGUUGUUGUGGAAGAUCUACGGCUAUAGAGCUCCAACCUUGUUAAACACCUUUGGGAUGAAUGUUUUCAUGCUGACUGCACCCCAGGCCUCCUCACCUUCUCACCUACAUCAGGUCCUAACUCUACUAACACUCUUAUGGCUGAACAAAUCGCCACAAAUCUCCAUAAAAUCUAGUGGAACAUCUUCCCAGAAGAGUGGAGGUUAUAAUAACAACAAAUGGGCAUUAGGUGUGGAAUGGGAUGUUUAAAAAGAUCUUAUGAUAAAGGUGUCCACAAACUUUUGUCUAUAAAGUGUACAAAAUGUCAAAACAUGAACGGUCCUAACAUCAAAUCAUUGUUUGGAAAAUUAACAAGAAUUAAACAAAUAAAUGAAGCAAGGAUCAAGUUUUCUCUUUGAUUUCUGUAAAUGUUGAAGGCUUGUAGGUAAACCUGUGUAGAUAAACUUCACACA